GAAAUAUUCUGGCAUAAUUUUCAGCUACCUCACCCCACUACCAGGAUUGAACCACCUUCUUUAGUCAAAGCAUUUUAUUCAUAAUCUACUAAACAUCUACACCUUCAUUUACGUACCUCUUGAUCCUUAUAUCCUCAGGUAUGACCGAACCAAGUUGGAGAUCCACCAAAUGCUUCGAAAUCUUUGAAGCCAACUUGGACGUACGUCGCAAAUAUCGUGAUGAAAAAAUACAAGAAUACAUCGACGCUAUCGAUAAGGAAAAGGCUAGAAUUCUCCGGGUCGUAGCUCCGGGACUUUUAGAGGACAUUGAAGAUGAAAUUCGCGAAUGGUUCCGCAUUUGGUACGUCGGAGCUAAGACGUUCGAUACUUAUCCGGUUGAAGAGAAGGGUGGUACCGUUUUGGUGGUUAGAGGUGAAACUCUAACACCGAAAGAGUAUUUGGAUGAAUAUGAACGAAAAAGGCGUGAAAAAGUGAAAUCUGGUGGUGCUGCGGCUUUAAAAGCGAAGGAAGCUAAAGAGAAAAAACAGAAACAGGAAGCCGAAAAAAAGGCAAAAGAAGCCGAGAGGAAAAGGAAAGAGGCCGAAGCAAAAAUGAAGAAACUCAAAAAGAAAGCUGGCGAGUUUGAGUUGGAAUAUGGUGAGACUUUAUCGAAACCCUUAAGGAAUCUUGGCGAGGAAGAUUUCAAGAAAAUUUGGAACGAAAGGAACGAAUUUGAAAAUCCAGAGGAAACAUAUUAUAUGGAUUUAAUUACUGAGAAGCAAUGUCUCGAAGUUCAAUUGCAAGUUAGAAAAGUUGCAGAUGAACUAAUGAGAGUGGAACUGGACCUCCUUCAAGAAGCCCUCGCGAAGGACAAAGGUAAAAAAUACAAAAAGAAAAAGCAAAAAAGAAAGAAGAAGGGUAAAAAGAAAGGCAAAAAAGAUUUGACAGCAGAUAGAAUGACUGAAGAUUUGUUCCAAGAGCUAGUUAACAAUGGAAUUAUUAGGACCUACCCUGAAGGAAGGUUGGACGAGUUUGUUGGGGAUUUUAGUUACAAGAAUGCGGUACUGAGAGCCAGAGAGUUUGAUCCACCAGCCUCUAUUUUGGAUGUAAGACAAGCUAUUACUCUUAACUGCAUUCAGCCGCUCGGAGUUGAAGUCAUGAAAAAACCAAGGUCAGUACUCAUAGCAGGUCCAAGACAAAGCGGUAAAGAUCUUUUGGCUAACGCCAUUUUCAAUCAUACCAAAUGUGUACUUUUCGAUUUGUCUCCAGAAGUAACUGCAGAUAUUUAUCCAGGAAAUAAGGGAUUAGCUAUGUUGAUUCAUCUUGUAACGAAAAUGUCGAAACUCCUCCAGCCAUCGAUAAUAUAUUUUGAUAGAGCGGAAAGAUUAUUUUACAAGAAAGUACCUAAAGAAGAAAAAGACUUGGAUCCGAAAAGAGUAGGCAAAAAGUUGGUUAAAGGCAUUAUAAAAACCAUUAAGCCAGAGGAUAGGGUUUUGGUGUUGGGUACCACUGGAGCACCAUGGUUGGCUCAGGCUGCGAAAUUAAAAAAAGCUUUUGAAAGGGCUAUCCUAAUUCCAAGACCUGACUACGGAAGUGUCUACCUGUGGUGGAGAGAACUGUUAAGGCCUUACCAUGGAGUUGACAGAAACUUCAAUUUCACCAGCUUGGCUACAAUGACUGAAAAUCAACCUUAUCCUGUUUUGAAGAAGAUUGUUAAAGAUGUUCUCACUCCAAGGAGAAUUAUUAAAUUGAAAUAUAAUCCUUUGAAAGCGCAAGAGUUAAUUGGGCCAUUUAUAGAUGAACAGAUAGAGCCUAUAUCGGAUAAAGAGUGGAAAAAGUAUACUAAAUGGUACAAUAAAACUCCUUUGGGAAAAGAGAGAGCGGUAUUCAAUAAGAUUGCGGAGGGCAAGAGAGAGUUGAUUCGAAAACAGCAAGAGAAACAGAAAGGAAAAUGAUAAUCGAGGAAAUUUUUGAUUAAAUCUUAUUUUUAGGCGUUAACAUUUUUAUUGGAGUUUUGUUCAGUUUUGUUUUUUUUAUUAAAUAUGUAUUUUUUCUUCAGGUGUUUGUUUUUUUUGAGUAAAUUGCCUAAAAUUUCAAUAGAGAUU